CCCAACGUCAUAACAGAACAAGGCGAUUGCACUUUGGAUCUGGAACAACACUUCUUCAAGUUGAGACCGCACCCAGCAUGUCGAGACAAUACCUUGCGUGGGGCUCAGCCGACAAUGCGCACCCGGUCGACAUUUUCUCCCUGGCAGUGACCGAGAAGCAGGUCCUGUCCGUGUCGGGGUCACCAUCAAUCAAGGUCCAUUCGACUACUGAUACAGAGUUUCCGCUGGUGCAAUCCAUCGAUGCAGCUCACCCACUGGGCUGCCACCACAUUGUGACUGAUGCCAGUGGCUCUCGCGCCGUCAGUGCUGGAUUCGACGGGAAUCUCAAGGUCUGGUCCUGCGUGGAGGGCUACUGGUCGGCAGAUGCCGCGACUACAGGUUUCGUGAAAGAUGUUCAUCCGUGGGCCAUUGCCUUGUCUGGAGAUGGUCAGUAUCUUGCAGGUGUCUCGGAGAGUGGUCGUGUUGGCGUAUGGGACUUGAGUGGAGAGGGCGCCCAAAUACGAGACCAUGAAACCAAGGGCAGCUUUGGCACAUGCAUCGACCUGUCUGCCGAUGGCCGGUUCAUUGCUAGUGGCCAUCAAAAUGGUGCUGUCUAUAUCUUCCUCACCGACACUGGUCGCAUGCCGUUCUCUCUAUCAGGCCUGGUAAAACCCGUGCGUGCAGUGGCUUUCUCUCCGGGUGGUAAGAUCCUUGCGGCAGCUGGAGAUUCCAAGGUCAUCGUCCUCUACGACACUUCCUCUGGUGAACAGAUUGCCAAUCUGUCUGGCCACGCGGCCUGGGUCUUGUCUCUUUCAUGGAGCAGCUCAGGCGAGUAUCUUCUAAGCAGUUCUUUCGAUGGUAAAGUCAAGGUCUGGUCAAUUGACACCAAGAUGUGCGUUGCUACACAGUCCGAGACUGAAAAGGCAGUCUGGAGUGUCAAAUGGCUUCCGAAGACUGCUCGGUCAGAAAGCUUUGCCACCGGAGGUGCGAAUCGGAGUGUUGCCUUCUACCGGGAGGCUACUGGCGGUUGAGCAUGGACUUGACGGUAUCGCCUCGGUGCCUGUACUGGGUCUACGUACUUUUUGAUGACCUCAAUGAACACGAUGAUUCCUGUGCAUUAAUUUACCCUCAUGAAUGUCAUAACAAAAUAUAUUUACAACCAGAUAGGACUGCAUUUAGUUCAUCGUCUCCAUGAACAACUUGCGCAUCCGUUUGAGGAAUGCCCCAAAAUCUCGGUCAUCAUUAACCAGAUCCACCUCGUGCUCCAAAGCGUCCCUAUCUACCCUGGGCUUCGUGUGGAACACCUCGUAGUCACGACUGGCAGUGCCCAAUUCAAACCAGGCUUCUGCCUCCCAGUCUUUCUCCAGUAGGUGACUGUACACGAACUUCAAACGGUCCUCACGGCCAGCACCCUCGAUCCGUAAACAAAGGUAAUCCUGCCAAAAGUCCAACUCGGGGAAAUUGAGUCGGGAUUGUGCAUCCAGCUGCUUUGCGUGGGUCUUUUGUGCCUCCAACUUCUGGUUGAUCGCCUUUUGCGUUUCUGCGAUCUGUUGCUUAAGGCGGUCGCGCUUGGCGAGUCGCGCAUCGCGCUCCAGAGUGAUGGAGGAGAUCGCGGCGUGCAUUUCAGCCGCCUCGGCGGCCUCCUUUUGAAGGAUUUGUUCGUGGGUCUGUACCUUCAGAUUGGUGAUUUCAAUGUCUCGCUGGCGCAUUCGCUCGUCC